AUGCACGAACCUGCUAUUGGUCCGGUAUUUGCAAUUUGCUAUCCCAUUCUCGCUGUCGUUGGUACCCCUGCCAACUUGGUGGCGAUCAUAAUCCUAUGCCGAAGACAGUGUGGACUUUCAUCGUGUAUCUCCUACUACCUCGUGGCGAUAGCAAUGUCAGAUUUCCUUGUCAUCAUCUUUGCAGUCAUCCUAAACAGGAUCACCCGCCUCUAUUUUAGGUAUAGUCUGCUUUCUACCACACCUGGGUGCAGACUCAGCACUGUGCUAGUUUAUGUUACCCAGGAUUGUUCAGUUUGGCUGACAGUGACCUUCACCAUCGACCGCUUUGUGGCCAUCUGCUGUCAAAGUCUCAAGAUCAGAUAUUGCACUGAGAAAACUGCAUCGCUAGUCAUAACAAUAGUCUGUGCUUUAAGUUGCAUUAAGAACAUCCCUUUCUAUUUCAUCUAUCAGCCACUGUACGUGUUGGACGGUGUACCCUGGUUCUGUGACAUCAAAUCAACUUUUUAUGCCUUACCUGUCUGGCAGGCCUACGACUGGCUGGACCACGUCUUAACCCCAUUUCUACCAUUUGUCCUCAUUUUGCUGCUUAAUGCCAUGACUGUAAGGCACAUUCUAAUGGCUAGCCAAGCCCGUAAGAGACUCCGGGGCAUCGAGGAUGGCAGAGACGCAGAAAUGGCCAACCGCAGGAAGUCUAUUGUUCUUCUCUUCACAAUCUCUCUCAGCUUCCUCUGCUUGUGGGCCACGCAUGUUGGACGUUUCCUCUAUGUCCAGGUUACGGGUAAGGGUUACUUUAUCGGCCUGGAUAUCAAUGACUUGCAGUAUAUCUUUCAAGAGACGACGAACAUGUUCCAGUUACUCAGUUCUUGCAACAACGUCUUCAUAUACGCAGUAUCCCAGACCAAGUUCAGAAAGGAGCUGCAGAAAGUAAUGAUCUUUCCUUACACUGGGGUCAUUUCUUGCAUUAAACAGUGA